UACUAUUGUUUACUCAUGUAUCCGACGAGAUAACAAACUGUAUUAUAGUUUUAGUGCUCAUUUGCAUUUGAUCGUGACAAGAUAAAAUUAUGAUGUUUAAAAGAAUUUUCAUUCCGUGCAAGCAAUUUUGCUUAUCAACGGCUGAUUAUUCGACGAAGCUACCGGGGCUUUUAAGCGAUGUGAGCGUGUUGGAUUUGACUAGGAUCGUGGCUGGUCCAUUCUGUACCAUGACCCUUGGGGAUUUGGGGGCGAAUGUGAUAAAAGUGGAGAGUAUGGAUGGGGAUGAGAGCAGGAAAUGGGGGCCUCCUUUCAUGAAAGGUGAUAGCAACAAGGAUUCGUUCUACUUUUUAGCAGUGAACAGGAAUAAGAAAAGUAUUUGUUUGGACUUGAAGUCGCAGGAAGGGAAGAAUGUGAUGUAUGACUUAGCCAAGAAGUGUGAUGUGAUGGUGGAAAACUUCUUGCCGGGAAAGUUAGAUAAGAUGCAGGUCGGGUACGAGAGGCUCAGCCAAAUCAACCCCAAGCUGAUAUACUGCGCUAUCACUGGCUUCGGGCCCACGGGGCCUUAUGCUAACAAACCAGGUUACGACGUGGUAGCCGCAGCAAUGGGCGGCCUAGUAAACGCUACCGGCGAACGCAACGGCCGCCCCGCCAAGCCCGGCGUCGCCAUCACCGACCUAACCACCGGCCUACACUCCUUCGGCGCCAUCAUGGCUGCCCUUUAUCACAGACAAAAAACUGGGAAAGGACAGAAAAUAGACUGCAAUUUACUUUCCACGCAAAUUUCAAGCAUGAUUAAUUUAGCUAGCGUUUAUUUGAACUGCGGCAUCGAGGUCCAACGCUGGGGUACUGCUCAUGCUAAUUUAGUACCUUACCAAGCGUUUGAAACUAAAGAUGGAGAGCUAGUCAUCGGUACAGGGUCUAACGCUCAAUUUGCAGAUUUCUGUAGAAUCAUUAAGAAAGAGGAAUUGAUUAAUGAUGAGCGAUUUAAAGAUAACUCAGACAGAGUGAAGAACAGAGAUGAAAUAAUAAAGAUUUUAAGUGAAGUUAUCAAAACUAAAACUAGUAAAGAAUGGACGAAAUUGUUCAGAAACGCCUCAUUUCCUAAUGGUCCUGUUAAUAAGAUGAAGGAUGUUUUCGAUGAUGAGCAUGUUAAAGCUAUAGGGUUGGUGAAAGAGCUGCAUCAUGCUGAAGUUGGGUCAGUGAAGCUAGUAGGGCCGCCGACGGUAUAUAGUGUAGGUGGGAACUAUGCGAGGACAGCCCCGCCGACACUUGGACAACAUACUAAGGAAAUAUUAUCGAAAUUCCUUGGGUACGAUGAUGGGAAAAUAGAUGAGUUGUUUGACGCUAAGAUUGUGAGUAACUUUCUAUAAUAUAAUUUUUACUCUCAGCCCGCAGAGCCGGUGGCGGUGAUAACACUCCGAACGCGCAAGUCCCGGAAGAAGGUCGUGUGGACGGACGACACCGUCGACAAUGAACAUAUGAACAAGAAGAAGUCCAAGUGUUGCUGCAUCUACGAGAAGCCGAAGUCGUUUGGCGAGUCAGACUCGGAAGACAGUGACGACGAGUGCGAGCACUGCUUCGGACACGUGGAGAAACGACAAAAACAAGCAGGCAGUAGCACAGUCACGACGGACGAGCAGGAUGGGGCGGCCUCAGAGGCAACGGCCGCCAUCACGCUGCAGCCCUCCCCCGCGCCCGCGGAGCCCGCCCCUUCCCCCGCGCCGCCCGGGAACAAGGACAAACCCGAGUAAAUCAACACUAAUUUACUACGUGUAUAAGUAUUAUACCGUAUACGAGAUUUAAAGGAGCUGACAUGAGAUUUGUAAAAUCUACGCAAGCUUUCCUGUAUCAAUGCAUCUCCUGUUACGUUACUGAUAAUAUGUCUCUGCAUAAGGAUGCAUUUCAAAAUUAAGUUAAGGCCUUAAUUCGUUUAAUUCGGAAUGGGUUUACAAAACCGUUUCAACUUUUUAAAAAUCGAACAAAAUCUAAUUAAGUAGGUGUUUACGAAAUGAAUUUAUAUUGAUCGGGAUGUGGACCGUGAAUACCUUUUGUAUUGUUAUUAUAAGUCUAGUGAAACUAAUCGCGACUCAUUCAAAACUGUUAUUGUUUACGAAAUAAAACUUUAAUUAAGUACAAUUUGUUUAAAAUCUGUCCGCAUAUAAACAGAAUACUAUCUUCAUAUAUAAAUACAUACUUACUUCAAAGAGGAUAUUAUAAGAUAGUGCGGUACUAUCAUAGUAAAUUUUGUAACUACUGUAAAUUCACUGCCAUCUAUCGACAUACUUUAAAACUAAAAAUUAGGAUUUAUAAAAAUACGUUAAAAUGUAUUUAAAUAUGGAUAAAUGAUUUUUUUAUUUGCAUUAAUUAUUAUUAUAUGAUUUUGAUCCAUGUUCUUUCACUGAUGUGCGUUAAAAUUAUAAAUAACAAACAUAACCGUCAACGAUACGAUCUGAUCGAGAAUAAAAUUUUCGUGAUUUUCGAUGCACGUUUUUUCCUUAGACUGUAUCCAUCUAUUACGGUUAUAUCUAUCUUUGAUAAAUACAUACUUACUUACAACUCCAAUCAUAUUGUUACGUUCUAACGUCUAAAUAUCGCCAUAAUUUUAUUUCACACAAAUACAAAUGAACACCUUUUCUGUUACCUACAAAUGUAGAUUAGUGCCUUAAAGACCAUUUUCGCUUGUCAACUUCCAAUUGUUAAAAACAAAUACUUAACUUUAAGUCUAUAAAAAGAAAGUCUACUUUUCAAUGUCACUCCUCGAUAGGUGUUUAAGAAUUUUGUUUAAGGGUACAUUUAAGUUUAUCUGAGCGAGAUGUUUACUUAAUAUUCCAUUGUAUUUAAGUUACUUGGUAAUAAAUAAAUGU